UAUUUAAAAUUUUAUUUAAUAUAAAGCUAAGUCAUAUAUAGAUUACACAAAAUAUCACAGGUAGUGAAUAUUUUAAAAAUAAGUUUUUAUAAAUCGACAUUUUUUCGAAAUAUUUUAAACACAAAAAUUAAAGGUAAGUAAUGCGUUUUUAAGUUAAAAAAAAAAAUCUGUAUGAUGACGAAAAGAUAAUUAAGCUCUUAAGGAAUUUAUAAAAAUUUUAUAAAAAAAGUCUAAAAUUAAAGGUUUAUUAAAAAUUUACUAUUUUUAUAUAUUUUAAAGUGAUUAAUUUUUAAUUCUUCAUUACUUCGUCCAUCCAUAUCUCACUCCGCUUAAAAAUAUUAAAUUUAUAUAAAAUUUCAAUCAUAAAUUAAUACAAUGUAAGAAUAUUAUUUAUUAAUGGUUUAUAAGGAAUAAAUACACAAAAUAUAUAAAAAAAUAAAAAUGUUUAAUAAAUUACUAUACUAUUCAAAUGUUAUAAAAUUGUGUUAUAUUGCCAAAUUGUAUGAUGAAAAUUAUAUAAUUUUUAUGUAUACUAAGUUUUAAAUUGUAUAUUAUUGAAAAAUUAUAAGAUAUAAGUUAAAGAAUAAACGGUUAAAUUAUCAUUUAUUCAAUUUUAUUUGAAUGUUAUAUUAUAAAUUUUAUGAAGUUUAAUUAUUUGUUUAAUUCCUUAAUUUAUAAGUUUUUAAGUUAGAUUAAAAAUAACAGUUAUUAGAUUAAUAAAAGGUUUUUUUUUCAAAACGAUAUAAUAUUAAAUUAAAUAUGGUUAUUAUUAUAUAUAAAGUAAACUAUCAUUUUAAAAAAAUGA